CUCGUGUGUCGUAAUUCAUUCGAAGCCUUUCGAAGCUGCCUAUAGCUCUUGAGUUUAGUCUUCUGAGUUCUGAUUAUCUAAGUAGUAAACCUGCGUAGACGUAAAUAGUUAGCCACGUGUGAUUUGCUUUGUUGUUCUUAAAAAGUGUGUUAUACACCAACAAUUACAAAGUGACAUAACCUAUUUCGUAUCCAAAUAAAAAUGGAAUUCGUAUCCGGCCACGUGUUGGAGGGUUGCAGCAGGGGUGGUGGUUUCAUCAAAUCUCAUAAGGAUGCUAUUUUCAAAAAACCUCAAAUGUUAAUGUAUGGCUUAGAUAAACUUACAGAACCAUAACUCAGGCAAAGAUCUCUCGAGUUGAAACCUUCAAUAAGAGAUGUAUCUCAAGAAAAUAGAAAAAGAAAAUAUCACAGCCAUGCCGAAGAAACACCAACAUAAUAUACUGGUGGAAUUGAUAAAAAGGCAAAAGAGAGGUUAGACCAUAGGAUUAAUAGAAAGAAUCACGACAGAAGGAGAGCUAAUUACAAAAAAGAUCAGAACAGUCGUAGAGAAAGAACAGCAAGUUUCAGCGUUGAACCAUCUACACCGAGUUAUUACAAAGCAAAGGAUGGAACAUCAAAAUCACCUUGGGACGAUGAAGAUGAAUAUGAAACGCCUAGAAAAAGAUCCACUUGGGAUCACUCUACUCCUCGUUUGUACAGAGAUGUUGCAGAUAGCGUGAGGAGCAAAUUCACGGCAUCUUAUAAGUACAAUGCUUAAGCUGAAGAUCGCAAGCCAUCGGUUGCUACUCCAUUAGCAGAUCAAGCAGAUAUAGAAGCUUGGGAACAGGAGCAGAAAAUACUUGACCGAGCCUGGUACGACGAUGAAAACACACACUUUGAAGAUGUUUCAGAAGAAUAUGAUCUGAAAAAAGAAGAAGAAUUGGAAGAAAAGAUAAAAAAGAAAAAAAAGAAAAUGUCAGCUAUGCAACACCAUUAAAACAGAGACAAUCUUAAAUGGGAAGAAAACAGAAUGUUUUCUUCUGGAAUUUUCAAAUCAACAAUUGUCAAUGAUGAAGUUGACCACAAAGAAGAAGCCAAAGUACAUUUCCUUGUGCACAAUGUUGUUCCUCCAUUCCUCGAUGGUCGUAUUGUCUUCACAAAGCAACCUGAACCCAAAAUACCUGUAAAAGACGUAACACGUCACCAAUGGCUUUAUUAUCCAAGAAGGGAUCACAUUUGGUUUUUCUCCACAGAGAAGAAAAAGAAAGGAGAAAGGCGCAAAAGAAGCAUUGGAACUUGACUGGUACAAAUCUUGGAAAUAUCAUGGGUGUGGAAGAUUGCAAGAAAGAAGAUGUAGAGGUUCCCAGUGAAGAAUGCCAUUAUAAAAGUGCACAAAAAUAUGCGAGUCAUGUAGAUGACCAAGUGACUCAAUCCAAAUUCAAAAAAAUCCAAGAGCAAAGGAGAAGCCUGCCUGUUUUUGGCGUGAAGCAAGAACUGCUGAAUGUUAUAAGGGAUAAUCAAGUAGUCAUCAUAGUUGGAGGGACCGGCAGUGUUAAAACUACUCAGCUGACUCAAUACCUACACGAAGAUGGGUACACCAAGUACGGAAUAAUUGGAUGCACUCAGCCCAGAAGAAUAGCUGCCAUGAGCGUAGCCAAGAGGGUGUCCAAUGAGAUGGAUUCCAAGCUAGGGGACAAAGUGGGAUACGCAAUUCGUUUCGAAGACUGCACAAGCCCAGAGACAAUCAUCAAGUACACGACAGACGGUAUUCUGCUGCGAGAGAGUUUGCGCGAAGGUGAUCUCGAUCGCUACAGCGUCAUUAUAAUGGACGAGGCUCACGAGCGCUCGCUGUCGACCGACGUACUGAUCGGCCUCCUCAAAGAGGUCCUCGCGUAUACGCAGCGCCAGUACCUGGACGAGCUGCUCGAGGCCAGCGUGCCCGAGAUCCAGCGCACGAACCUGGCCGUGCUGCUGCUCAAGUCGCUGGAGGUUGCUGAUCUGUUGCGCUUCCCCUUCAUGGACGCGCCGCCCCAGGACAACAUUCUCGACUCGCUGUACCAGCUCUGGAUGCUCGGUGCCAUCGACAACGACGACCAGCUGACCGGUUUGGGACGGUAGAUGGCCGACUUCCCGCUCGAUCCGCCCCAGAGUAAGAUGCUGAUAGUCGCGUCGAAUCUCGGCUGCGCGUCCGAGAUCUUGACCAUCGUGUCGAUGCUCUCGGUUUCCGCCAUAUUCUACCGGCCCAAAGGUCGCGAGGAGGACUCGGACUCGAAGCGCGAAAAGUUCCAGGUGCCUGAGUCGGUUCACUUGACCUAUUUGAACGUCUACAACCAGUGGAAAUCCAAUGGAUAUUCCAGCUCCUGGUGUACGGAAAAUUUCAUCCAUGCCAAAGCUAUGCGCAAAGUUCGAGAAAUUCGCCAACAGCUCGAAGAAAUCAUGAAGCAACAAAGGGUGAAUGUCGCCAGUUGCGAUACCGAGUGGGAUCCGGUUCGCAAGUGUAUUUGCUCGGCAUAUUUCCACCAAGCGGCUCGUCUCAAAGGUAUCGGCGAGUAUGUGAAUUGUCGUACCGGUAUGCCUUGCCAUCUUCGCUCGACGUCGGCUCUUUUUGGAAUGGGCUCUACCCCCGAUUACGUAGUUUACCAUGAACUGAUCAUGACGUCCAAAGAGUACGUCAAGUGUGUUACGGCUUUUGGACACAUGUUUUUCAGUAUCAAUAAGACAGGCAAACUCGGCAAGACCAAGAGGCAAGCUCCGAUGAAUUUGGAUAAAAGUUCAAAUAAAAGCUUCGAUACAAGCUCGGAUAAAGAUAAAGAACAAGCUUCUGGCAGAAAACGAGCUAUUUUGACUCCUGGACUCAGAGAACCAGGCACUCCUGCAUUGUAUCGUAUUAAAACUAAGCGUAUUGGCUUGUAAAGAAAUUAAGACUAGUCAAACAAAAAAAAACAAUUGUAAAUAUGUAA